UGAAUAAACGCUGACAUAAAGGAAUUGUUGCGUUACAUAUGUGCGAGAAUGAAGCUUUUGUACACGACAUUUGACGUAAUGGUAUCUGUUUCAGAAAUAAAAAAUCAAAUACUGGGUUACAGGGUCAAUAAUAUAUACGAUGUGGACAAUAGAACAUAUCUUUUAAAACUUGCUAGCACGAAGUCUGACGACAAGGCGAUAUUGCUUUUAGAAUCUGGCUCACGCUUACAUAUUACUGAUUUUGACUGGCCUAAAAAUAUCAUGCCGUCAGGAUUUUCCAUGAAGCUGCGUAAACACAUACGAAACAAGAAGAUCGUUGAUAUCUCCCAAGUCGGAGCCGAUCGCGUUGUUGAUAUCCAGAUUGGUUAUGAGUCGUCUGCUUAUCAUUUAAUUGUGGAGUUGUACGAUCGGGGGAAUAUGCUUCUUACUGAUGACUCAUUUACGAUCCUUCACUUGCUGCGUCCCCGAACUGAUAAAAAUCAGAAUAUUCGAUUUGCAGCCCACGAGAAGUAUCCUAUAACUUCCUGUCGUCAGAUCCUGGAAUGUUUUCGCGAAUUAAAAGACCAAAAAUCUUUAAAGGAUAUUGAGAAUUUUCUCACUCCAUUAUUCCAAUCAUCUAAGGGACCUUGGACUUCCAAUACAAAAACAUGUGACGACCCUUCCAUAAACAAAAGGUUAUCUUUGGAAUUACCUUAUGGCAGCGUCAUCAUAGAACACUGCAUGCGUAUAGCCGAAAACAAAGUCAAACAGAUGAAGCAUCAUAAAGAAGAUUUCCAGCUACAAUCCGAAAAAGAGGACUUGAUGGAGUUGUAUGUCAAACACUUCGCUGUGGCUUUGAGAGAUAUUUUACUAGAACCAUUCUUAUGUGACCGUCAAACGACUCCACAUGGUUAUAUAUUUGGGAAAUCCUAUCAAUCUUCGGACGAAGGUUUGCGAACGUAAGAUGUUUUGAAGGAGGUUUUUAGUUAUUCGUUGCGUACUAAUACUACAUAACCAACUAGUGUUUAUCGGGUCUUCUUGGGGCUCUAUUUUCGAAUAUUCGUAUGUCUAGAGCAGAUUCUUUUCUUUGUUAUCAUCAUGUCCAAAAGGGUUGUUGUUUAAUUUUUUCAAAGAGCUCUAAUCUCAUAUGAAUUUUGGUUGUGAAUAAUACUAAGAAGAUUUUUGACUGUUUGUAUGUGAAGUACAUCUUCCGACUUACUACUACUGCAGCUAUUUGUGCACAUGAGAUGGGCGGUAGUUGAGCUUGUGUAACAUAUAUAUCCUAACCACCUUAGCGAAUUCUGACUCGCAGCCUCGUUGACCAAUUUGCAAUCUUUUCUAAUUACUCUUUACCUACCUAGAUCAUUUCUCAUUCAGUCGUUCUGACAAAUACUUUAAAGAAAACUGUGGUAAAAAAAGUACAUCCUGUGCACAUCUACUUUCACAGCCCUUUCCACUCUCAUAGAGUAAUACUGAGUGGACCACUGAGUGUUAUACCCUUCUUAUUUGACAAACGGGUAUCUUGCUUACACUAGUAUGUAGACACAUGAACGUGCAAGGAUAAGGCUUUUUAAGUACGGCCUAUAUAACUAGCCCUAUGGAAGUUAUAUAAGAUAAGGUGUCAAUAAUGUGCUUGUUAUAUCUAGAAUAUUAUGAACAAAGAGUGGUAAUAAGGAUUUAUUUGACCCCCGGGAUAAAUCACAAAGAUAUAUGAAUAAACUACUCUUUAUAUGAUUUAUUUAGUCAGAUUAACAAUCAGAUCUGUAUAAUUUGACUGAGAAUACUUAACAUCAGUUAUUCAAUAACUUACUAUGAGGACACAUAUUUGUAAUAUUAUACUGAUCGAUUUCCACAUGUACUUGAUUUUUCUGUGUUGAUGCUUUCAUCUUACGUUCCUUUCCUGAAAAUCGAUCCGACUUCUCUGACUCAACUGAAGGUAUUAGGGAUGGAAACUCUUUAUGGUACUUUCUAGGUCCGGUUAUUGUUUCUGAUGCUUCGGCUUGGUUGUUCCCGAUAGACCGUAUCAACAAGAUAGUCCAAUGUUUGGGCCUAGGGUAUUUCUUAAUUGGUGUAAGCUUUCUAGACCGCAUAUGAUUCAUGUGUUGCGUCAGACAUUUUUUUGGUAAACCAUGUUACUAACUCUUCUUAUGUCGGCACCAACUACCCAGGUAGGCCACUACUGUCAGCAGUUUCAUAUACUGGUAACCCGUCCGGGAAUUGACUUUCAGUAACCCUAACCUCGGGUUUAUAAUCUCGCUUUACUUCAUAUGGGAUCAAAUUAUUAAAUGGCAAUUGGAAACUAUUUUUGAUGUCACAUUCGUUUAGUGUAAACCUCAUCGGGAGCUUGGUCAGUCAAAUAUUCAUUAUGUUAGUGCUAAUGUAACAAGUACUCAUGUUACUAGUGAUUGUGCUAACAGUGUUCAUUUUAUUAAUGAUCAGUUUACAAGUAUUCAUACUAUUUAUGACCACAUUACAAGGACCCUCUGUGUACUAUUCAAAGGUGUUUAUUAAUUGAAUGGUCACAUUAUCAGCGCUAAAUGUUUUGUUACUCUCAACUCAUAUGGUCAUAUUGGUAAUAAAGUAUCUUAAGGAUUGGUGACAGAUUGUAGACGUCCAGCUUUAACUUUCAGUUAUGACAAUCGGAUGAGCGCAGUUACAAGAGGAUGCCAACCACCAAAAUUCAAACACCGUUUGGAGUUUACAUACUACUUACGAAGGGGAAAUAAUUGAUUUCCAUUCCAACACUUUCAGUUAAACCUAUUUGUUUUAUGACAAGAUCAAACGAGUAAAAUCAAGUCCAUGUGGAAAUCGAUCAGUAUAAUAUUACAAAUAUGUGUCCUCAUAGUAAGUUAUUGAAUAAUUGAUGUUAAGUACUACUCAGUCAAAUUAUACAGAUCUGAUUGUUAAUCUGACUAAAUAAAUCAUAUAAAGAGUAGUUUAUUCAUAUAUCUUUGUGAUUUAUCCCGGGGGUCAAAUAAAUCCUUAUUACCACUCUUUGUUCUCUCACUAAAUGUCUAUGGAUUUGGGGGUCAGUCAAACAUUUAAUAGACACAACAGGUUCAUGUUCCUUCACUUUUGUUGGGAUAUCUAAGUAACAACCUACUACGUGGAUCUGUACUCGGUUUUUAAGUGGUACCAAAAUAGACUUGGUCUCAUGUAUCCAUUUGAUGAUAAUAAUGUCAUUCAUUAUGAAGAAUUUCACCCAUUCAUAUUCGAACAAUAUCGAGAUAAACCUCACUUAGUAUUUGAUAGUUUCAAUAAGGCAGUGGACGCAUACUUUUCAAAAAUUGAAAGUCAGAAAACAUUAGAACAAAUUUCACGAAAUGAACAAAAGGCUAGUAGAAAAGUUGAAAAUAUUAAAAAAGAUCAGGAACGGCGUUUAAUGUUACUAAAAACUGAACAAGUAAGUUGAAAUUUAAAUUAUGAGACUAAUAGACUACAGGUUUAUCAGUACUUUCACUGUAGUUUGAUAUCCAUACUGGGUUGAAAUUUGUAAGUUGUAAUAGGAUAGAUUGAUUUUCCAUAAAAAAUCAGUAAUUCCCUCCGUAUAAUGAUUCGUUAACUCGCCUUCAGAAAUAUACUAUUGUGGAUAAGCCAUUUACAUAAAAAACAUUACGG